AAAGACCUGAACACAAAGACCUUUUCAGGCAUCUCAGGAAACUACUCUACCAGGAGGUUUUGAGAUGAAGGUCCUCCAAGUACAGCUGCUUCUUCUUGUUCUGUAUCAUGUGUCUCUUGGAGGUUGGCUGGAAAGUGACAUUGCAGGAGGUCACAAUGCGAGCAAGAAGUACUGGACGUGGAUGGUGGCCGUGUUCGUGGAGGAACCCAACGCACAUACACCGAAGAACGAAGGAGCAUCUGUGAAGUUUCAAUGCGGAGGAUCUCUCAUCACCCCCGAGUGGGUGCUCACAGCCGCGCACUGUGUCCAGUGCCUUGAUCCCCAGCAAAUACUCGUGUACGUUGGGAUCUACGAGACUGGCAAGCUCGACAAAAACAAGAGACACAAAGUCAAAUACUUUGUCCAGCACGAGGCGUACGCCCCGGGAAUACUGAGGAACGACAUAGCCCUCCUGAGGCUCAAAGACGCCGUGAAAGGACACGAGGUUUCCCAACUAGCCAACAAAUUGGAUGGAUUCCCUCCAGAAGCAUCCUGUUUGGUGGCUGGAUGGGGCGAGACGGCGCAAGACGGUAAGUUGCUCUCGAACAACCCGGAAUUCUGCAGCAAUUGA